GGGGCGGGACUUACUACAUAACUGCUUCCGGGCUGUAGGGUGACCUUGAGCCCCUCAAAAGCGACAUGGCGGUUCUCUUAAAGCUGGGUUCUCUUUGCAGUGGCCAAGGAGCUCGAGCUCUGAUUCUCCAAAGCCGGUUGGUCAGACCUGCUUAUGUGUCAGCCUUUCUCCAGGACCAGCCUACCCCAGGAUGGUGUGGGACCCAGCGCAUUCACCUGUCACCAAGCCACCACUCUGGCUCCAAGGCUGCAUCUCUCCACUGGACCAGUGAGAGGGUUCUCAGUGUUUUGCUCUUGGGCCUGAUCCCAGCUGGGUACUUGAAUCCCUGCUCUGUGGUGGACUACUCUCUGGCUGCAGCCCUCACCCUGCACAGUCACUGGGGCCUUGGACAGGUGGUUAUUGACUACGUUCAUGGGGAUGCACUGGAGAAGGCCGCCAAGGCAGGCCUGUUGGCAGUCUCAGCUUUGACCUUUGCUGGGCUUUGCUACUUCAAUUACCACGAUGUAGGCAUCUGCAGAGCGGUCGCCAUGCUGUGGAGGCUCUGACCCCGGGUGGAGCGCUUUGAUUGUACGCCUCCUUGCCUCUGCUUUUAUCAAUGCUGUUCACCUCACAGUGAGGAGGGAUGAAGGCUAAGUCCGUGGGUGGGCAGAAUGUCUUCUAAUUACAUGGUUAUUUUCAGAAGUUAUUUGUUGAGGAAGAGGUUUGAGGAGUUAGGUCUGACCAGUCAUGAGUCUGAGCUCCAUAUUCCACUGAGUAUGGUCGCCAGCUCAUACGCUCACCGUGUACCUGAACAUUUCAUGGGCUCCUGUUGCCUUGACCACCGUUUCUUAAGGAGAGCCACUAACUGCUAUCAGGGUAAGAGUAGACUUCUCUCCUCAGACCAGGAGGGAGGACUGUUCAUUCAUGAGCCAAACUUUGCAUGAAAUUGGAAAGUAAUUCAUUUGGAACCUUCCAUUCUUGUUCAAGUGACACCAGCUGUUGAUGGCUCUGUUUCUAGGGGACUUUCAAUCAGGAGAUGCUCUCAAGUACUGAUUUUUGUCAGCCUUAGGAAGGAAAUCGAAGAAAGCUAGAUUUAGAGAAGUUUAAUGUAGGACGUUCUCCUUGUAGGUGGGUUAACAUAUGACACGUUGCAAACAGGCUUACUCUUCAAAUGUAUCUCACUUGUGCAGAAAUCAGCUGUCCAAAAAUAUAAGACUAAGUAAUAAACUGUCUUCCCACCAUGGGAAUUGUUAAUGACAAAGUGUACUCUGAAAAAGCAAAAUUUUUAAAUAAAAUGUUAUAUAAUGAAAACACA